CGAUUAUGCUUCUGUCAGACCCGAUCUCGCCUUGCUCUGAUGUUAUGCUACGGGCAACGAUAAUCCGGCGAGGUCGAGACGCAGCGUGCGACGCGUACGAAUCGAAAGAGUGCAACAUUCAUCGUAUAAUUCUCAUCUCACAGAAUCCAAAAGCUAGGUUUGAGUUGGUGGGUUUGAGGUGAUAGCACAGCAGCUGACGUUAGCUGCAUUUCAGUAUUUGCUUCACUCGUCCGGUGCUCUUCUUGUUGUGGGAGUCCACCGCUCCAGCUAGCUAACUAACUUGAGCGCUGGACGGUUAGUCGGAUGAAGUGCCCUCCUCUCCCCGCUGGGAUGCUCCUCACUGUGCUGGUAUGCUACUUGUCGCUGGCUGCCACGGAACAGCAAGUGGAAGACGACUGGAUAGACCCUUACGACAUGCUCAACUACGACGCAAGCACCAAGACGAUGAGGAAGCCCGCAGAGCCAGCAAACUACCCCAAUGUGCCAACAGUAAGAAGAGCGUAUAAUGAGGACUCCAGCCAGCAGACGCCUUGUGAGAAAGAAAUAGUGGAUCUACAUAAAAAGAUUGAAGAACAAAAUGAGAGAAUCAAGCUCAUCUCACAGCAGCCUACGUGCUCUCCGGUGUUCAAGCGAUUUCUUAGCAGACUCCUGAAGGAAAUACAAAGAGUUGGUUUGCCCAGUGACUCUGCGGACGUCUUCUAUGAUGCUAAAGUCAAACUGUCCAAACAGUCCACGACGGAGAUUCAGACCCUCCUGGAUGGUGAGGAGAGCUGGCGAACUGGUGCUCUGGACAACGCCAUCAGUCAGAUACUGGUGGAUCUCAGACCACAUGACUAUGUAGCGUGGAAGUGGCGUUUUGAAGACACCUUUGGCGUGGAGCUUGACACAAUAUUAAAAAUGGGGAUCUUUGUUCUGGUCGUAGUGGCUAUUGUAUGCACUCAGCUCUGGUCAGUGGUGUCCUGGUUCGUGCAGAUCAAGAGACUGUUAAUUGUUGCCUUUUUGACCAGUAUUCUGUGGAACUGGUUCUACUUGUACAAGCUUGCCUUUGCUGAACACCAAAAAAAGAUGGUGGAGCUGGAUGGCAUCAGUGAAAAAUGCACUGGAGUGAAGAAAAUUGACUGGAGUGAUAGCUUGAAAGAGUGGAUCAGGGUCACCUGGACUCUUAGAGAUGACCCUUGUCAGAAAUACUAUGAAGUCCUCUUUGUCAACCCCUUUCUGCUGGUACCUCCAACCAAGGCGAUCUCGGUUACCAUCGUCACCUUCAUCACAGAGCCAAUGAAGCACAUUGGUGAGGGGAUCAGUGAUUUCAUCCGAGCUCUUCUUAAAGAUCUGCCAGCAACCCUUCAGAUCCCAGUGUUUGCCACUAUUGUGCUCUGCAUUGUGCUCUUCAUUGUGGUUUUCACUUAUGGAAGUGUGCAGGCAGCAUUCCAACAUGGCAUCACCGCUCCUUUCCGCCGCCCUCGAAGGGAUCCACCUCCUCGCCAGCUACCGCAACCACAGCGUCGCCUCCAAGAGAUCGAGGACUAUGGCCAUGUGGGGGAGGGGGACGCACCGCGGUACCUAAACCAAGGCAAUGGUGGCAGAGGGAACAGAAACCUGGUUCAUCAGAGGCCACUCAGGAGAGAGCCACCCCAGAUGAACAGGGGGACAUUACACACUGGCGAGCGUCCCUUCAGCGAGGACGAGGCGGAUGCUCCGCAAUGUAUGGCAGUGCAGAAUCUCUCUGCUCAAAAUGAAAAUGUGCAAGACACAGAAGAGGAGCCAGCAGGAGCAAGUGCAAGCAGUGCUGCUGCUAACACAGCCCAGUCAACAAGUAAAACCAAGAAAUCCGAUUCAUCUCAGUCAAAGACUGAACCUCUGAAAGAGAGUAAAAACCUUCCUAAGGAUGAUGGCAGAGCCUCGAAAUCUCAGCAAGCAAAAGGGGGACCAUCAGAAACUGGUGUUCAGGACCCCAAUGCCUCAGCGGAAGACGCAACCUCCUCUCAUUCAAUGACACGUGUUGAAACCUUAGGAGUUCCCGUUCAGGAGACACAGUUACUGGAGUAGCAGGAAGAUCAUCAAUGUUUGGUGCUCUUGUUUUUGCCACAGAGGCAGUGUUGCCAGGGGGAGUUAAUGGCCCCACCUACCAGACUUAUGUUGUUUAAAUGUGACUCUGUCUUGCUGCUGGGCUGUCGGUGUGAGUGUGCCUUUUCCUGGGCGGAGCAACUAGCACAAGCUUCGCUGUAUUUUCUGUAUUUAAGAGCAAGGCUAAAAUGGGUGUCAGGGAAACUGGAUUAUUUAUCUGAUCUGGUGUUUGGUGUCUUGCCCAUCGGUAAGAAUCAUGAUCUUACAGUUUGACUGUAACAGUAUUGAAAUACUUUUUAAUUAUUACAAUGAGCACAUUAUGAUGUUUUCACAAUUAGAAAUAUAAAUUUAGAUUUUGUAAUUUUGUAAACAGUUUCUCUUUUCUGCUUUUUUUUUUUUAAUACAGUAAACUAUUUUUGUGGCUACGAAGGGUUUGUAUGUGGGGGGAUUUAAAAUAGUGAUGCUAAAGUAAAUUUGGCUGUGCAGCAGUACUUCCAUUUUUCCCUGAAAGGGCCAAAGUACUUGUAAAUAGCACAAUGGGAUUCCCGAGAGUAUCGUGGGAAAAACUGUAAUUAGUGAAUUUCAUAAAGUUUUGAAUCGCUACAUCAAAAAAUCAUUGAUUUAGUCUUAAAUCACUAAGAAAGAAAAAGAAAGGGGUGGCCUCGUCAGGUCAGAAUAACAGGUUAAGAGCCAGAUGUUUUCCUCUGAAUUUGUUGAGAGAUAAUUUGGACUUGUACUCAUCAUCAUCAUCAUCAUCUCAGUGUGAAGGACAGAAACAUGGCGCCAGAUGAGACACUGUUGCUUCAUGCCUGUUGAAUGUGUAAACAAACAAAUGUUUUACUCAGGCUUAAAACAAUAAUAAAGUGGUCAUACAAUUUUA